CUCAAUAUAAAUGUAGCGAUUUUCGUUUGUUGGUUUUUUACGCGAAGACUGUAGCCGACUCGUCUGGAAUGGGUUUCCUAAAGAGCAGUUUGUUCAUUAUGAACACUAUCUGUCUACUGUGUUCCGUUGCUCUGAUUGGAACUGGUGUAUAUAUACAAGUUAAAUUUAGCCAAUAUGGGGACAACUUACACAGUGUCUGGCAAGCACUACCCAUCAUUAUAAUUAUUAUUGGAGCGAUAGUUCUUAUAGUGAGCUUUUUGGGCUGUUGUGGGGCUAUAAAGGAAAAUGUUUAUAUGCUGUAUUUGUAUUCAUUCCUCCUCAUCGUACUUCUGAUUUCUGAAUUGGCCGUCCCCAUUGUCGCGUUUGUUUACAGGCAAGAGAUUGAUGAAAGACUUGAGAAAUCCAUGACUAGUGCCAUAAAUAACCCAACUAAAGAGGUAACUCUAUUCAUGGACUUGAUUCAAUCAUCAUUUCAAUGUUGUGGAGUCAAAGGUCCUAAAGACUAUACAGUUGCAGCCCCAGAUUCAUGCAUAAAGGAUAGAACAGUCUUCAAGGAAGGAUGUGCGUCUGUCUUCGCAGCAUUCUUAAAACGCAACCUGAUAGUUAUUGCUUGUGUUGCAUUUGGUGUAUGCUUCCUCCAGUUGUUAACCAUUAUCAUAACUUGGUUUAUGGUUCACCAAAUAAAGAAGUACGAAAUUUUGUUGUAUUAACUACAAGGAUAACAGUUUGUGAUAUCUGUUUCGUUUUAUUUCCUUUUGGCUUUUAUUAAACGAUGCUUUUUUACUGCCUAAAGAAUUGUGCAAUGGUUAAUAAUCAUGUAUUCAACUUCGUAUACCAUAAAUAUCAGUUCCACUGAAAUUCAAUAUUGUCAUUCUCGUUGUUUCACUUUUGUCAUUCUUAUGUAAAUUGAGCUGCAUUGAUUCCCUUGUAUAUUCAUAACUACAAACAAAUGAUAAAUCAUCUCAAUCUUCACUAUAUAUCAUGUAACCUUGAAAUAUGUGAAUUUCCUAAUUGUGUGAAUUCAGAUAUACGACAUUAUUUUUUGUAAUUUACACUAA